AUGUACGGUUUUGAUCCACAGAAAGAAACUGGGGAAAGCCUGGACUAUUUAAUCAAGCUUCAAAAAUCGCACGGAGAAGAUGAAGAAACUUCACUCAAUCAAGCUUGUAACAUCAAUAGGCGUGGUGUCUAUCAUGUGGGCCAUCUGGAAUGUGACGACUAUAAGCUUGAUUUGAAAUCAUCCAUACGUCUUACUGUGUUACAACAACGUGGGAAAAGAAAGCAAAAACAGGAUGAAGCAGAUGCAAUCAAUCGUGAGUAUAGUUUAGAUGAUCUGAAGGACAUUCAGAGCAGACUCAUGUUGAUAUCACACAGAGAAGAGGAACACUCGGAGAUUGUCGAGCGGUAUAUAACGUUGAUGGACUUGGUGAUACGGAUGGCCGAAACGUACCUAAAGCUACGUAGUGCUGGCUGUGUUUCAUUUAUUGAUUGGAAAGUCAUCCAACAUUGCCAACCAGCGAAGCGAGUAACAACUAACGUAUUUUUUGGUGCCUCUGAUCCUAUGAUAACCGGGAGUGAAGAUGCUGCGGACAGCAUGUAUAAGUUAUGCGAUUUCCUGGAAAGAUGUCACCACCAGUGGUUAGAAUACAUCAACAGAAAACGCAGAGGCUAUUAUGAAUUGAAUCACUUCACGAUGACGCAGAUCUUCCAAUUGCGACGUGACCUUGCCAAACUACGUAACAAUGAAGACAUCCAUCCGUCCACGUGUGUGUUAUUAGAGGGUGUGAGAACGAAUUGUGGCAUCACAAACCUGCGUGAAGCACUACGCGAAUCAAACAACAUACAAAAUACACCUGCUAGAUCUUCUACUUACCAACCGCCAUCCUGCCCCAGUGGCUUAUACAUGUCCGCUGAUAUGAAAAAUACAUCCAUCAAACAUCUAAUAGCAGAAGGCAUGACGGAUAAAAUCGCUAAAGCUGCUUUCAUGGCAUGCGGUUUCGAUUCAGACAUUAAUCUGUUGGACUGGUGCUAUGCGUAUUUAAAUAAUGAUGACAUCAUAGAUGCUUUUUAUGUGCAGUACAUAGAACAAUACGAAGACAGUCCUAUGGACAAGACGCCGAGAUUGUUUCCACUGGAGGAGGUUGAUGACACUGCUGGUACCUCCAUGAUUCAAACGCCACAAGUUGAAUCUGGGAAACAAAUAUCAAGCGUGACCGACCAGCUUGAAGCGCUGUGGACACACAAACUGGAGUCUGAAGAUGCUAUUACACAGGGGGACUAUAUCACUGUGGAACAUCUGGGGAAAACCCUGGAGUGUUUAGCAAAUGAUGAAAGGUCAUUGUUGAAUAGACCCCUGAAACGUUUUAUCGUACCGGGCCAACCAAAUCUUGUAAUCUGUUCACAUGAAAAUAUCCUGAGUUUUGUUCUGUCAAUCUACAUGGAGGAUACGUCGCUUCCAUUGCCAACUGUUGAAGAGGUACUUUUAUGCACAGAACAUACGACGGCUGAGGCUGUAUCACUGUUUUGGCACAGAGCAUUCCUGGAUACCCGGGGAGGAAUAUUUUGCUUAGCAUUUGCUGAUCAGUUGAGCUAUGAAGUAUGUUCGGCAUCUGAGCACAUACUCAAUAAAUUGCAAAGCAGUUUGGAUAAAAAAGACUAUAGAGUACUGGUUAUUUGUAGUAAAGAGAGAGAAAAUCAGUCAUAUAUGGUGUCGGCACUUGACCAUUUUAAGACUGAUACUCGUUUCGUGCCAGACAUGGUAGCUAUCACAGCAUACCUGAUGGAUAAAUUCCAGGAAGAAUGUUCAAUUACAACCCACGAUGGCUUCUCUACUGGCAUGGUUACUGAUAUGAGAUCAUCAGUGUUGACAAUUCAGUCAAACCGUAGUGGAACUGGCAAAUCACUCUUCGUUGAACGACUAUCUACUGAACUUGAAGCCCGGACUAACCACCACAGAGAGUCGCCAUAUUGCAUUACUUUGCCAUUAGCUAGAAAAAAUAUUGAUUUGUCCUCCGUGGUCCAUUCUUUUUCGAGAUGUAUUGAAAUUGACAAUGAAACCCAUAGUAUAUUUCAUCUAGAUAUAUCACCUCUGAAUAAAGCCAGGGUCACUCCACGCUUCCAGGAUUUAUUACCAGUAAUUUCAUGCCAAUCUCCCAGGGAAAGUCUUGCAACACUCGACAAAGCAGAUGGUGGGAAAAGAGUUCUUCACAUGGACAAUGAGAUAUACAGAAGUGAUAAUUUACAAAUGUCGUAUCAAUACCUCGCCGCGUUUCAGAAAGAGCAGAAUUUAGACAAACUCCAAUAUAGUGGCCAGGCUACCGAAUCACCUACACAGUGUCUGCUUACUCUUCUUCAAUAUUGUGGAGUUGCUGACCCAUCUUGGGCAGAAUUGAAUAAUUUUACGUCAUUUCUUGGAGAGCAACUCAAGGACUGUGAAGAUUCCGUUUUUUGCGAUCCGUACAAUCUAGGGGACACAGAACUUGAAGGAUUCAAAACAUUCGUGGUGAAAUUUAUGAUCGCAAUGUCUAAGGAUUUUGCAACUCCAUCAGUGAAAACGUCGAAUCAAUCUGUGGACGCAAAUGGUGACAAUGAUAAUGGUUUAGAAAGAUUUCAACUGAGACGUACAUGGGAAAACAGCCCACACCCGUAUAUAUUUUUCAAUCGCGAUCAUAUCACAAUGACCUUCCUGGGAUUUACCAUUGAUGAGAUGGGAAACCUUUUAGAGAGCGGCACUGGCAACAUACUGGAACCAAAUGUAAUGUCAGCCCAAUUGCAAAGGGGAUUGACAGAACAGCAUGUUGACCUUACAGUGGACAUCAUGCACGUAUCGAGGGAUGAUAUGUUGAACAAGUUGUAUUUAGUAUUCGGUACACAGGAAACAUAUGAUCCGGAUCCAACAUACGAGUUGACCAUAGACAAUGUAAAAAAGAUGAUGGCAAUACAUAUGAGGUUCAGAUGUGGUAUACCUGUGAUUAUAAUGGGAGAGACCGGAUGUGGGAAAACGAGGUUGAUAAGAUUCAUGUGCGAUAUGCAAGCUGGAACUCAAUACGACGGUCGCGCAGAGAAUAUGAUUAUUAUGAAGGUUCAUGGUGGAACAACAGAACUUGAUAUCGUUCAGACGGUGGCUCAUGCGUCAGUGCAAGCACGGUUGAACAAAGAACAGCAUCAUAUUCCAGACACUGUACUGUUCUUCGAUGAAGCUAACACGACAGAGGCGGUUGGAUUAAUCAAAGAAAUACUGUGCGACAAAAGAGUUAAUGGCACGAAGAUUGAUACUUCUAAUGGAGCCUUGAAAUUUGUUGCUGCGUGUAAUCCAUACCGAAGACAUACGAAAGAAAUGAUUGAAAGUCUGGAAGCAUCUGGCCUUGGUUACUAUGUCAGAGCCGACCAAACAGAAGAUACAUUAGGAAGUAUUCCGAUGCGUCAUUUGGUCUACCGAGUCCAGCCACUACCACCAAGCAUGCUGCCGCUCGUGUGGGAUUUUGGCCAACUUAAUGUGGAUGUAGAGAAGCAAUAUAUACUCCAGAUUGUUCAGAGAUUUUUAAACGCAGAAGAUGGGGACACAGAAACCAUCGAGGUGAUUAGCAAUAUUAUAUCAGCAUCACAGACAUUCAUGAGAAAAACUAGGAAUGAAUGUAGUUUUGUCAGCCUCAGAGACGUUGAAAGGACGAUGAAUGUGAUGGUAUGGUUUUUAGAAAAGUUAGAAUAUUUGAAUCCGUUGAUUGAAGAUAUAAAAAUGAAAAGCGACCACCCUUCAUACGAAACUCCUAGCAUGCUGACCAGAGCUUUGACGCUUUCACUCGGUGUAUGUUACCACGCACGCCUUCAAGACCAGAGACGAGCUUACAGGAUUGAAGUGGCACAGUAUUUUGUAGCGCCCUGUGCGUUACCUGGUGGAGAACAGCAGAUGGUUUUGGAAAUGAUAAGAUGUCAAGACGUGUUUUUGAAUCAUAUAGAAUUAGGCCCUAAUAUUGCUCGUAAUACAGCACUAAGAGAGAACGUGUUUAUGAUGAUUGUUUGUCUAGAACUACGAAUUCCGCUAUUUCUUGUUGGUAAACCUGGAAGCUCGAAAUCAUUGGCAAAAACGAUCGUCGCUGAUGCGAUGCAAGGUAUAAGUUCGAAGAAUGAAUUCUUCAAGAAAUUGAAACAGGUACGCAUGGUAUCGUAUCAAUGCAGCCCUCUCUCGACGCCAGAAGGUAUCAUAUCUGUUUUCAGACGUUGUGGUAAGUUACAAAAACAACAAGAACUGGACAACUUUGUAUCUGUAGUUGUGUUAGACGAACUUGGUUUAGCUGAAGACUCACCGGCCAUGCCGUUAAAGACACUCCACCCCCUUCUAGAAUACGGUGCUGAGGAGGAUAAUACUUCACAGGCACACAUGAGGGUAGGGUUCAUUGGUAUUUCGAAUUGGGCACUUGAUCCUGCUAAGAUGAACAGAGGUAUACUUGUCUCACGUCCUGAUUUAGAUGAGGAAGAAUUGAAGGAAAGUGCAAUUGGUAUAUGCCAUUCAGACAACGGCGUUCUUUGUCGGAUACAAGGCCUUCUGUCCAGUCUUGCAGCGGCAUAUUUAAAAGUUUGUGAAAAACAAACAAGACAAUUCUUUGGCCUUCGUGACUUUUACAGUUUAAUUAAAAUGGUAUUUGCACUUACUAAAAUCUCUGCAAACCCCCCAAGCUGGGGACAGCUGGAACACGCAGUUCGUCGAAACUUCGGAGGGCUUGAUGAAAUCGACAUAGUUGAGAUUUUUAAAGAUACAUUGAAGAGUACAUAUGUCACGGAGGAACACGAUAAAAACGAUCCAGACUGCAGUACUGCUGGUCUUAUCAAAGCUAGCCUAGAAGUUGACAAAAGUAUUUACAUUGGUGAGAGUCGUUACCUUCUUCUUCUGACGGAGAAUUAUGCCGCCUUGGGAAUUCUUCAACAAAUCCUCAACUGGAAUGACCACGUUAUUAUAUUCGGUAGUAGUUUUCCCAAAGAUCAGGAGUACACACAGAUCUGUAGAAAUAUCCACCGUAUUAAGACCUGUAUGGAGACAGGUCGUAAUGUUGUACUUUUGAAUCUGGAAAACUUGUAUGAAAGCCUGUAUGACGCUCUCAAUCAGUACUAUGUAUACUUUGGCGACAAUAGAUAUAUUGAUAUUGGUCUCGGAGUUCUAAGAAGGAAAUGCAGAGUUCACAAAGAUUUCAAACUAGUAGUGAUAGCUGAAAGACAGGUUGUCUAUGAGAAGUUUCCAAUCCCUUUGAUCAAUCGCCUGGAAAAACAUUUUUUAGCCAUGGCUAGUAUUCUCACAGCUCAGCAACAUGCGGUGGUUGCACGACUUGAACAAUGGGCAGACGAAUUUGCAAAUUUCUCUCUUGCUGGACCUGGCGGCAGAAGAAUCAAGUUUAGUAUUCCCGAUGCAUUCAUUGGAUAUAACCAAGAUACACCAGCAUCAAUCGUUCUUCGACUGUCUUCUGAUACCAAAAAGGAAAAAAAGGAUGAGAAAGUUUGGACAAGCCAGGUAUUAGAAGAAGCAAAACGUGUAUUACUCCAGUGUGCAACGCCUGAUGCUGUGGCGAGGUUAAACAAGUCGAAAUUGGGACCAUUAUCUAAUCAAAUUUGGAAUCAAUAUUUCCAUGAACAACAUCAUGAUAGCAUUGUAUCUUAUCUUAAAUUACUGAUGGGUUCUGGGCAAUUCAAAGAAGACACACUUACUCAGAUCACAACACAUUCCAGACUCCUUUCGCGACAUGAUACAGAUCAAAUGUCAACUGAGUUGGGUUCAGAUUCAAUAACUGUCGUGUCCCUACAUGAAUUUCAAACUGAGCAGCAGUUUUCAAGAAAAGCACGAGAUUUCUUUAAUACAGUCACAGCGAAAAUAAAGAUCCUCGUAAUUCAAUGUUCUUCUGGCAAUGAACACACAAACCUCAUCGCGUGUUCACGUUACCUGAUUCAAGACGAACGUGUAAAAGCAGAAAAAAGAAAACUGAAAGCUGGUGCUGGUGGUUUAAUGACAGCCCAUGUGGUGUUCAUCAUCCAACUACCUCGCAUUGUUGGUGGAUGCUUCGCCGGCUUUCAAGGAGGAAAAUGGAAUUCCAUACACAUCGAUGAGCUCCGACCAGCUGAAGCGAGGCUGCCGGAAAUAACCGAUUUUGAGAAUCAUUCAAUUAGUAAAAUGUUUCAAAUUGGCAUGGAAUCAAAGCAUAAAUCUCUAACAAGAGAGAGUGACCACUCCGGAGGGCAUGAACGUGCACAAGAGCGAAAGUUUGUUUUAGACACAUAUUAUGUCAUUAAUAGCUGCCUUCAAACGGCAUUAUCAAUGUUGGUCGAUAGUGAAGACAACGCCCAUAGGGCAUCGGAACGAGUAGAUCUGCUGCUGAAAUUAUGCAAGCAAAAAGGAAAAAGUUUGUAUUGGAAUGUAUUACAAGAGCGAAUAUAUGACUUGCUUAGACAGAAAGAUGAAAGAGGUGUGGAUAUUAAAGCAUGGCUGUGCAAUGAAGCCACCUCUGGUCAAAGCAUGCAGGAAAAUGGCACAUUCAGGCGUGCAUUAUUACACAAACUGCUGCGGACAAUUACACAUAUUUUAGCUGAGGUCAUUGCUUUUACUGACGUAAAUGAUAAUCUGAGUAUUAUCGAAAACAACGGUGAACCUGCCUGGGUGAAAACAAUGUGGUUUACGAUUCUCGGUAACACUGGCAUCGCACCCUUGGAAUAUACGUCAUUCCUCUCGCCACUUGACGUACCCCGGGAACAUAUUCCGGUACGAUCUACCGGGAUUGGCGGUAGCAAAUUCCGAUGUCGUUGUCCGUUUUCUUGGAUAAUUAAGGAACGACUUGAUGAGAUGUGGAAUAGUGAAAUGCAUAAACAUGAAGUGUAUUAUGAAGUAGUCAGAAAUUCUGAUUUGGGAACCUACUUGCAAGAAAUUAUUCCCGAAGCUAUGGUGUCCGAUUUUUCUAAUCUUUACCUGCACGAUUUUGUACGGAUGGUUUACAGAGCCUCGCAGCUAGGAGAAUACGAGUUAAUUAUGGAUGAGAUUGAAGUAGUUGCAAAACAAAUACACCGUGAUAUGAACGCUUAUGACGAGACUCAUGUAGAUUUUAUAUUGACUCCACCUGCCAUACAUAUGGCUUGGUAUAAAAUGCGAUUACGAUUUGAAUCAUUUGCGCAGACAUUGGUGAUCAUUCCACAGGCAUUGCAGCAACUAAAUGUGCUCGAGCGCUUUGAAGAAAUGACAAUUGAUGUGUAUACAUUGACGUACCUUUUAGAAGUUCUCCAGCCAGACGAACAUGACAUUCGUGACACAACAGCUCGUUCUCAGUGGUUGAGGAAAGUUAAAGAGAGCAGGCCAUUGAUUGAUAAAAUAUUGGCUAUGGCUGAAUCAUACAAUGAGAAGGACGAAAUAACCAAUAUUUAUGGUGGAAAAAGCAAACGUGAUCUCGGAAUUGCAAGGACUAUGUGGAAUCGAAUCACUGUUCUGCAGUUAUUUGUGGAACAUGUUUGCGUGCCUUCACUAGGAUUCAAAGAACUGAAUAUUGAACACACAAUACUUCUGAAAAGGAUGUUAAACAGUGACGACAAAGUCGAUUUCAAGACACUGGACACCCUAGCUAUACUCGAAACUUUUCUUAAUAGAUGUGUUGAUGACGUCAGUGCCAAAUUAUUGAAAUAUGGUAUACGUGUGUGCGCUGUUUGUAAAGAGGCUAUUAAGGACCCAGUGUUGUUUCCCUGUCACCACAUUUUCUGUUUGCAGUGUGUCGAAAUAUUGUUGUCAAAUGGUGGAGGAGCUUGUGCAACGUGUAGGCAAAAACUACCUUUAUAUUUUCAACCGGAAGUCAGCCAAGAUAUUGUUGAUGCAAUAGAGAAACUCAGUGAGCAUAGGCGACAAUUCAAUGGUUUCUUCAUGGAGAUUGUGUCCCGCCUUUGCUUCAUGGGAAAUCUACCUCCCCACUCUGAUGUCAUCGAGAGAAUGUUGACUUAUGUGUCAAAGAAUACAAGAGAAAACGAAAAUAUUCGAAGCAAGAGAAUGUCUGCAUUAGUAGAAGAUUGUAUUGACCCCACACCUGUGCUUCGUUCAUUUUUACUUCAACUGAUACUGAAGUUCAGGAAAGAUCACGUGUACGACCACUUGAGCGAUUUUCUGCAAGUAAAUCUACAAUUCUGUGUUGAUGAACAAGAUGUAAUUGAGUUAUGUUUGUUAUUUACACAGUGUUUAGAAGAUAGUUAUUAUCAGGAAGAUCAUCAUAAUCGUACCGGUAUAAUUGAAAUUGCAUUAGCAAAACUAAAAAGUGGUAUACGACCAAAGAGUGUCCGUCCUUCAGCACUAAAUAUAUCAAGAUUAGAGAAAAUAGCUGCUGCCAGAUUCAGUCUAACUCUGACUGCCGAGUUGAUAUACCAUUACUUUGGUGGAAGUCAAGAUCAAAACGAAUCAAAACAAAGAAGGGAACACAUACAAUUUACUGAGGCUAUGAAACUUAUCGAUAUGGCCAAAACUUAUUGCGACAGAAUUGGUAAUAAAUGGCCUAGACUGUAUUUACUUAAACAGCUGUGUAGACGCUAUGGUAGAGAUGUGACUAGAAGUGUUUCUGGGAUUGAUCGAUUUAAAUGGAUUGCACCCGACCUUUUGGUUAAGCAUGAUGACGUCCCUGAUCGAUUCCUUGUCUAUGGAGAUAACUACGAGUCCAUAAUUGAUGCUUUGGAGCUGUCGCUUCAUCAGGAAGACCUUGAUCGAGAUAAAGAUAUACUAUCAAUAAAAAAUGACAAGUUAAAAGAGGCGUUACUUUUAUCAGCAAUGUAUCGAAUACUGGUAAUGUUGUGUGUUACAAAUGAUGGCAACAGCAAUGAACAGGAAAUGGAUAAUUUACAGAAAAUUCUGGGUAAUCUUGGUGCAAAUAAGGAUGUAAUCGAGACUAUAAUUAGCAACACAGUCAAUGGAGAGGAGACUUUUUUGCAGGUAGUGCCGAAACAAGGGGGUCUAACCAGAACUAUCGCUGCUAUUGUAACACAUGUUCAAAUCAUGGUGUUGUAUUCGCCGAGAAGUAACCUCUUGGAGCCAUUUGAUUUCUUAGCCAACCAUCCCGAAGUGAUGAAGGGUUCGUAUUUACCCACAAUGCCCGACGAUAUGAUUAUGGAAGCCAGGGAAGCUUUACACGCUGAGGGUCUGCAUUGGUUUGAGUGCAAGAAUGGCCAUCCAUAUACUAUUGGAGAGUGCGGAGGACCACGAGCAAUAGGAAAAUGUAGUGACUGUGGAGUUAAUAUCGGAGGAAUUGACUACAAGUUUGAACGUGGCGCUGAUAAAGAGGCUCGAAUAACUGACAGUACCCAAACUGGUCACGUGCUCGGGGAGCCGACUAAACGUAGCCGUAAGUCAAACACAGAAAGACUCAUGUCCCCUGCUGCAACAGCAAUAAUAAGACUACUAAUGCAUAGUGCAUUAAUGGUAGCUGCGACAAAAAAUCCUAAAGAUCUUGAGGGCAUAUUCCAUCCUAAAAUGCCAUCUGACGAUGUUAGAAAAUUUGUAUGGCACCAUAUAGAAUGUGAUCUAGUACAGAUAUCCCAUGCCAUUGGCAGAAGCGUAGAUGACGCAGCUGUUACCGUACAUAUGAUAUUAAAACGAAUGGUGCUUAAACAGGCGACGGGAGCUUGUCAGUUUGAUGCACGAUUGUCCAGCAAAGAUGACCGACAACUAUGGGAAGAAUUAUUUGCCAAGAAAUUUGUUAAUCCAUCGAUUGAGAAUUUAGGUAAUCGUUUGAAUGAAGCAAAUGUUAAGAUUUAUAGUGAUGAACGAAUGGGCAAUUGUCAGCUACUGAAACUGUUGUACGAAGUAGACAUUGACCCAGUGAAACAUUCCUUGGAACAGCUGCACACCGUACCAGCCAUGUGGAGAUACCGAUCUAGAAUCACAAUACAGCACUUGUCACAAGUAGUCCAAGGAUGUAUAGAUACAUUUCCAGUUCUCCAGCAUUUCCUUAAAGCGGAACAUAAUUUGAGGGCGCUCCAAUAUUUGCCGGACAUUGUUCGACUUCAGCAGCAACUAUUUGACCGAUAUCAUCGAAAUAUAGACGAAUCAGAGGCUAUCGCGAUAAGGAUUGAUAGGUUUCUUGAAUCAUUGCCAGUGCAAGAACAAGAAGAACAUGCUAGACUAAUUUCCAGUUUUUGUAAAGCGUGGGAGAUACUUCGUGGAAAAAUAGCCGUGUCAGGAAGACUUCAAGUAUCUAAUGAUAUGUGUACGAGAGAUAUCACUACCUCCUCCAACCUGGCAGUACUGUUACCUACACGCAAAGGAGACGGUAUUUGUUCAACUGCACUGCUAGACAUGCUUAUUGUAGUGCAUAACACUUUCAUGGAAGAGUAUUCUAACCUUACGGACAAUACAUUGGGUGGAUAUAUCAGACCGCAGGAUGCUACUGUAGCCCACCUUGUUGCGUAUGAUACUGAUAGGGAUCUGCUUCCGGUCGUCAUUUCCAACUGUACUUAUUCACUGGAAAUACAAAAUGGCCAGGAAGUUCAGACAGAAUAUGAUUUAAUGAGUCUUGAAAAGCAGCUUGAUGAAUGUUUCAUUUAUGGUCGACCAUUACUUCAACACGAAAUUCCUCGUCUCGUAUUUCGUCAAGAUUGUAAAGAUGCCAUCAUUCUUGACAAACUCCGAAGAAGAAUACCUCAGGAAAAUGUGUCGAAGGCUUUGAAAAAUGAUUUGUUAUCAAGUAUGGAAUCUUUAACUGACGUCCGAGAUACACUUGCUUGUCUCGAUAUUUGCAUUAGUUUACUUUCGUCUGCUGGUGGUAAGCCAGACACACCUAUAUCAGUGUAUUUACUUGAUAUACUAAAGAUGGAUACAGAUGUUGUCAAGAUCAAAGACCGGCGAUGCCAACUGAAACACAUUAUUGCCGUGUGGCAAAUGUUUUCUGUUGAACGUGCACGACAACUCACAUUGAACGGACAGGAUUCAUUUGAAACAUUAUCUGACAUAUUCAGAGAAGAAUUAAAUGCGUUUCAAAAACUGCAGCUGCAGCGAUCUGUUCGUAAUCUUGACUUGGACAAUUUAUUGCAUCAGUACUAUGAGUAUAUUGCAUAUGAACUGAAGCGAAAGGGCGCAAUUGGUGGUACAAUGGGCGAUUUAGAGGACGCAGAGAUCAUGAAAAGCUGGAGUAUUCGAGAUACACUUUGGGCAUACGUGGAUAGCAAAGAAGAAGAGGAAAUCAGAGGAUUUUAUACCGGUUUUCCAGUUGAAAUCGAACUGAAACAUGCAUGGGGAACCUGGAAAGAAAUUGGAGCUGGUGGACUGGAGUUAAUGAUAUCAGAACUGAAAGUCAUUAUGUUUAUGCAGAUGGCACUCCUCUUGUGUUUACCAAUUGGAGGCAGUAUCCGCAAGAACCAAGUGACGCAGAUCACGAAGACUGUGCAACGACAACCUCGCAGAAGAUUUGAAUUGCGUAUUGAACCUCUUCCAUGUAACCAAGCUAAUGUUAGUUGUCAUGACAUUGAAGCGCAUUUGGCAAAGAUCAGAAGUAAGGAAGAAAAUAACUAUCUAGUACAGCUUAUUGAGCAAUAUGGCCUUGGUUAUCAGAACUAUUGUGAACCCAACCUUUGUCAAAAUGGUGGCGUGUGUGAAAACGCUAUGGAAUCCUAUACCUGCGAUUGUGUGCCUGGUUUUCAAGGGAUUAACUGUGAAACGGAUCCAGACGACUGUCUUCAUGUUACUGACUGUUACGGAGGAAUGUGUAUAGACGGUUUUGACAGCUACACGUGUGACUGCAAUACAGACGUGUCAAAUGUUGUGUAUCAAAAACUUGUUAGUCAAAGUUCAACACAGAUAGAACAUGAGGCAGUAAACGCUAUUGACGGCAUUCUCACUCCUAGUGAUGCGUGUACGGACACUGCCGAAGAGUAUGAACCGUGGUGGCAGAUUGACCUAUUUGAGAUUCACUGCAUUCAUAAGGUCAUCAUCACUAAUCGUCAAGAUUGCUGUCAAGAAAGGUUGGAAAACGCUGUGGUUCUGGUUGGCUAUACAGCACAACGUGAUGAAACUGUCCAAUGUGGUGAUAUUGUGAAUGCACAAAGUGCUUUACAGGAAACUGUUGAGUUUACCUGUGGAAUGGAAACGAGAGGAAGAUAUGUAACUGUUAUGUUACAGGAAACUACAAACCUUUUGUCACUGUGUGAGGUGGAGGUAUAUGCACCAGCUCGCAGAAGAUUUGAACUGCGUAAGGAACGUCUCACAUGGAGCCAAGCUAAUGUUAGUUGUCAUGACAUUGGAGCGCAUUUGGCAAAGAUCAGAAGUAUGGAAGAAAAUAACUAUCUAGUACAGCUUAUUGAGCAAUAUGGCCUUGGCUUGAAUGCUGAUGUUGACCACAUUGUUGCGUAUGAUACUAAUAGGGAUCUGAUUCCUGUCAUCAUUGCCAACUGUACUUAUUCACUUGAAAUACAAAAUGGCCAAGAAGUUCAGACAGAAUAUGAUUUAAUGAGUCUUGAAAAGCAGCUUGAUGAACGACCAUUACUUCAACACGAAAUUCCUCGUCUCGUAUUUCGUCACGAUUGUAAAGAUUCCAUCAUUCUUGACAAACUUCGAAGAAGAAUACCUCAGUUUGGAACUCAUUUAUAUUCUGAUGAUUAUUCAGAAAUUAGUUUUACUACUGGUAGUAGUAUCCAACAAGAAGUAUCUUCAGACGCUGAAACAACUCACACACUUGCUUUCAAAGUGCUUGGUAGUGCAUACAAACAAUGUUACCAAAAUAUUCUUGAGGAAGGUUCUUUAAUGCUAAACAACUCUGAAGAAGUACUAGCAAGAAUAGUUAGUGAACCAACUAAUCCUAUCAAUGCACAGGCUAUUGCUGUACAACUUAAUUUAGGUCAUGGAUGGGGAGUUGUAGGAUACAUACCAGACGAGUUGCUGGAAUAUAUUCACCCAUUGCUGAAUACAAAUAAAAUUACAGCAGUUAAAGUUCAGCACAUACAAUUUAGGGCAACAUGGAAACGUAUUGAUAUGUAUGCAAAACUCCUUAUAACACGCAAAGUGCAUGGGACCCUUUUGUUGUCAGAAGGAGUCAGGUAA